UUCAUUGCGAAUACCUCGGUCAGGACUUGGAAAAAUGCCGCGAUAUUACGCGCCGUCAAUUCAAAUUUUCGUUUCAUCACAACUACCGGCGUAGGCCAUCCCCACUAAAAUUACCAUCGGUACAAGUUCAACAAGAAAAUUCCCAAGAAAAUUCCCAAUAAAAUCAGGAUAAUUCAUUUUGCUAAUUUUCUAUCCACCCUCUCUCCCAAUCGGCCUUCCCUCACUGCUCAAUCAUUUUUAUUUAUAUUGUCAACGUCAUCUUCAACGAGUGACCACUCAAUAUGACUUGACAUGACUUUUCAAGGACACCCUAGUGUCCCUGUGCGUGUGUGCAAAAUCGAGUAAGGUCCUCGUGUUUUUGGAGGAAAUUCUGUUAUCCUCGGGGAGGAUCGAUCACCAGGAUUACUCCGGAGGCUUUCAAAUUAUCGGUGAAUUCCGUUACAUGGGAACGUACGAGGCAAGUUCCACAGAUAAAUAAUGCAGUGGAUGGCAGUUACCAGGAACAUCUCGGGGGAUACUUUUAUACCUAGGAUGCGUUUCAACGUAACGAUCGGGCCUCAGUCGCCAGAAAGAAGGACAUACGGAAUAUUUCCAGUGCCUCCUGUAACAUCACUACCAACACUCAACAUGAUUCACCAGCGGAACGUCAAGUUUUUGUUAAGCGAUGACAAGACAAGUGAUGUCGACGAAAUAGUCGACACAAUGAGAAAAAUAAUAAUCGAUGACGACAAUCCUGGUGGUAAUAUUACCAGCGAAAUCAAUUAUAAUCCACAUGAGCUCAACAAUUGGUGGGCUAUGAUUGCUAUCGUACUUGUUGUUGGCACUGCUGCUGGCAACAUACUUGUCUGUCUCGCGAUAACCUGGGAGAGGAGAUUGCAAAAUGUCACCAACUACUUUCUCAUGAGUCUCGCUAUCACUGAUCUCAUGGUGGCUAUUCUGGUCAUGCCACUGGGAAUUGUCACACUCGUAAGAGGUUAUUUUCCCCUGCCGGCGAUGUACUGUCUUGCUUGGAUAUGCCUGGAUGUUCUCUUCUGCACGGCGAGUAUAAUGCACCUCUGCACCAUCAGUGUCGACAGGUACCUCAGUCUGCGUUAUCCUAUGAAGUUUGGAAGGAAUAAAACUCGAAAACGCGUCACACUCAAGAUUAUUUUCGUCUGGCUGCUCAGCAUCGCCAUGAGUCUUCCUCUCAGUCUCAUGUACUCUAAGGAUGACGCUUCAGUGCUGGUCGAUGGCGAUUGUCAAAUACCUGAUCCACUCUACAAGCUAAUUGGUAGCAUCAUAUGCUUCUACAUUCCCCUUGGUGUUAUGCUUCUGACAUAUGCCCUGACAGUUCGCCUCUUGGCAGAGCAGCAUCAGAGUCUGAGUGGUGCACGACCAAAAGGUUUUAACCGACAAAGUACAUGGCGACGGCUGCUGGGCAAUCGUGAAAAUGGCACAAGUUGUGAAAUACCACAGCAUACAUCUGCAGCUUCAACCGACACUGAGCCAACCACUUUAGACACUCACGAUCUUUGGUUACCAGAGAGUGAACCACCACCAUCAGCAAUGGCAGCCUUACGUGCAUUUGGAGCGGAAAUGCUGAAACUAUCGAGGGGAUUGGAAGGUGGUGCACCAUUUGGACUAGGCCAGCAAUCGAUUUCCACAUCGAGAUCAAUUUCCCAACACCAGGAGUAUGAGCUAUCAACUCAACUGCGUUCGAGCUUUCGAGUUGGGAGCAGCGGAAGUGGAGCCAGCAGUGAGGUGGGAUCAAAGGUUAGUUUAGCAACAUCCCAGGAUGAGAGCAACCAACCAACAGCCUGGAGACCUCGUAAACGUGCAUACACAUGUAACGAGGCAUAUCUUCAAAGAAUAGCAUUAGAUUCACCCAAGGAGCAGCGAAAACGAACAUUAAGUUUUGACUCGAGUGAGUUAAUAAGAGCACCACUAACAUCUUCAAAGAAUAUCACAAAGACCGAGAGUUUUCGAGACAGAAGAGACAUCGCACUCCCAACAAGAUGCACAUGUCCGUAUUUCGGUGAAUCCUCUAAGAGGCCGAUUAGCCAAACCCCCAAGGAAGUUGUCAUUAUUUCAAGUGAUAAUUUUAAAUCAAUCAACAAGAGCACAGAGAUCAAUCGAAAUCCUAGGAAUGAAUCACGCAACUGCGAAGCUGCGCAUUCAGUGGUGACGUGGAGAACCGGUAGGAGGGGCUCGAUGAUCGGAAGUACAAGAGCAGUCCGAACACCCUCACGACCUGGUGAACUCCGUAGAGCAGCAACACUCAGGGCCCAAACAACAGCAUCAACGAUAUUAUCAAAGAGGGAUGCCUCAUCUCCAUGUUUACUCAGAUACACAAGCAGCGUACGAGCCCAUCAUUCACGAACAAGUAGUGUUAUAUCCCGAAAUAGUUCACGACACGGUAGGAUAAUACGACUCGAGCAGAAAGCAACUAAAGUACUCGGUGUUAUAUUCUUCACAUUUGUCGUACUAUGGUCACCAUUUUUUGUUCUAAAUCUCAUACCAGCUGUCUGUCCAGACUGUGAAAAACACAUCGACAAGAAGAUAUUUGAUGUUGUAACGUGGCUGGGUUACGCAAGCUCCAUGAUAAAUCCCAUUUUUUACACCAUUUUUAACAAAGUAUUUAGACAGGCCUUCAAGAAGGUACUACUCUGUCGUUACAGGGAGUCAUCAUGACGACCACCUAGGUAGGUGGGGUGUGGGCGACCUGUUGUUGUCGUCACUGAGGUGUGAAUUACUUGUAACACCUGAUUUAAUCAGGAAUUCGUUUGGUUGAGGUGAAAAUCAUAACGCAAUCAAGGGAGUAAACUCCAAUAGGCAGUGAAUCAAAAUCAAGAGGAGCUUUAUCAACAGCUGGGGUGGGAGGGAGGAGGAGAAGGAGAAGGGGGAGGGGAGGAACGGAUAUCCGGUUGAACUCCGAGCGAAGAAACAAUCUCUGUACAUUUAGCAAAACAACCUAUUUUUAGAAAAAAAAACAUAAUACACUAGAUUAUUCUGUUACUGAAAUGAUUUAACUCGUUGAAAAAGGGCUAGCCUUGUAGAUAAUACGAAAUCAUCAAUUACUAGGGCUCAUGUAUGUCGUGACUAAUGCUGAGAAUUUUUAAAUAGUAUUGGUUAUAUUUUCAAGACUGGUGUUUGAUAUAUGAGGUACUAACCGAUUGCUGACGAAUCAAUUAGACGUAGAUGAUAGAUUAUCCACGAAUUAGGAGUUUGUCAUGUGAUAAAACAGCAAGAGUCAUUGCUGUGGGAUAUCAUAAAUAGGGUAUGUGGAAAAUACAAGACGAUCAUUGAGAUAAUCGACAUUAAAAUGUAGUAAUUAAAUCGAUCUGUCAUUACCUAGAUGGUUAAUUGCAAUUCUAACGAGUGUCUGUGGCUAUUACAUGGAAAACAAAUGGAUGAAAUAAAA